CAACCCGUGACCAACCAGAGCACAGGCAGCUCUCUUGGCGUGCUCACCUCAGCUCAGCUUAGUUCGGCUUGCUCCAAGAUUUUCCCUCGGCUCCUCGAUAUCUCUCUCGGUCUCUCCUCCCUCCCCCAUCCCACCGUAAGGACAGGGACAGAGCAAGCAAGACAGGUAGAACAAGAGCGCGCCCGUCGGCCUUCGUCCAUGGCGGGGGAGGCCAACAAGCUCUUCGCCGCGUCCGAGGUCGCCCUCCACGCCUCCAGGAAGGACUGCUGGGUCGUCAUCGGCGGCAAGGUGUAUGAUGUCACCAAGUUCCUGGAGGACCACCCUGGGGGAGAGGAUGUGCUCCUCCAUGCAUCAGCCUCUGGGGAUGCUACGGAGGCAUUUGAAGAGGUGGGUCACAGCACAUCAGCCAUCAGCAUGAUGGACAGCUACCUGAUCGGAACCAUCAAGGGCUACGUGCGUCCAAGUGCAUCAAAGGCCACAGAUCCUUGGGGCCUCGAGCCACCAAAUUCCAGGACAAUGCAAGGGAACAAAGGCCCUCCUAAUCCGAACACAUUCCUGGACUUCCUACUCCCGUUGUUUGUGCUUGGCCUGGCAUUUUCAGCUUGGUAUUACCUAACCUUCGUCUCCAAGAACCAUUAAAUCCAGUGAGGCUUGGAAUUAUUACUCACUAUUAGAUUGCUAGGGUGACCUUGUCUUAAGGUAAUUUGUACUUGAAGAGGUUACUGCCUUACUGGCUAUGUUUUAGAGAGACAGAGAAGAGAGAGAAAUGAUCUUGUUUUGCUCAAUCUUCACGAAGUUGUAGUUUCCUUGCAAUUCCUGUUCUUGCAUGCAACACCCAUGUCAAACCACAGAUGUAUGAAUGAGACAAAUUGUUCUUAUUUUUGCUUGGGAUGCCUCUUCUUGUAAAAAAUCUUAGUUCUGUGCUGAAGAUCCUGAUGAUAAAUACAUUGUUUGUAUCAA